UGAAGCAGAUGCUCAGCAAGAGAGAGAUAGAAUCUUUGGAUUGGGAAUUGGCACGAGUAGAUUGGAGUGUGUUUCGUAGGACAUUUUCAUUAUCAUAUCCUCUGAAAUUUUGAUACAUAUAUAUUUUAAUUUUGAAUAAUUUCAAGAUGAAUAUUCAGCUUUGUGCCAGAUGUGGCUUUGGAGUUUAUCCCGCAGAGAAGAUUAACUGCAUUGAUCAGACAUGGCACAAAGCCUGCUUUCACUGCGAGGUCUGCAAGAUGAUGCUAACCGUAAAUAACUUUGUUAGCCACCAGAAAAGGCCUUACUGUCAAGCACACAACCCAAAAAACAAUACAUUCACAAGUGUCUUGGAGACGCCAAUAAAUAUGAACGUGAAAAAACAGUCUGAAGCCGUAAGUGAGAUUAAAUAUCGAGAAGAAGGUGAGAGGUUCAAAUCUGUUUUUCACUGGGAUAUGAAAUCCAAAGAUAUAGAAGCUGCACAGAAAAUGCAACAACUAAGCAGUCAGAGAGCCUACCGUGCUGCAUAUGAAGAAGGAAAAUCCUGGUACUCAGAAACUAUCCCAGAUCCAGAAAUGGUCAGGAUAGCUCAAGCACAGAACACUCUCAGUGAUGUGAAAUAUACAGAAGAAUAUGAACAACAAAAGGGGAAAGGUAGCUUUCCUGCUUUGAUCACUCCAGCUUAUCAGAUAGCCAAAAAGGCUGCUCAGCUAUCAAGUAAUGUGGAAUAUAAACGAGGGCAUGAAGAACGGGUUUCCAAAUUCACCAGUGUUGUGGAUACUCCAGAUAUACUUCAUGCAAAGGCUGGAGGCCAGCUCACAAGUGAUUUACAAUACACAGAAGAGUAUGAACAGCAAAGAGGGAAAGGAAGUUUCCCUGCUAUGAUCACCCCGGCUUAUCAGAUAGCUAAAAGAGCCAAUGAACUAGCUAGUGAUGUUAGGUAUCAUCAAAGGUAUGAAAAGGAGAUGAAGGGGAAAGCAAGUCAUUCUGCUGGCACAUCACAAGAAACUGUAGACCAAUUUAGUCAGGAUUACAUGGACGAAUAUGAGGAGCACAGAGGGAAAGGGAGCUUUCCUGCUAUGAUCACUCCAGCAUAUCUAAAUGCUAAGAAGGCAAAUGAACUGGCCAGUGAUAUAAAAUACAAGAAGGAUUUUUCAAAGAUGAAAGGAGCGGCCCACUACCAUUCUCUUUCAGCUCAAGAAAACUUAGUUCUUAAGCAAGCCCAGGAUGUUAACAAGCUAUACAGUGAGGUGGAAUAUAAGAAGGAUCUGGAGAACAGCAAAGGCCACAGUAUUAACUACUGUGAAACCCCUCAGUUCAGGAAUGUUAGCAAGGUCUCAAAAUACACCAGUGAUCUCAAAUACAAAGAACAUUACCGGAACCAGAAAGGUCAUUAUGAAGGUGUUGGCAUGGACAGGCGUACACUGCAUGCCAUGAAGGUUGGAAGUCUGGCAAGCAAUAUAGCCUAUAAAUCUGAUUACACACAUGAUGAUGUUGACUACAAUUACCCAGCUACACUCACUCCUUCAUAUCAGACAACAAGGAAGCUGGUUCCUUUGAAAGAUGUAAACUACAGACAAAGUAUAGAUAAGCUGAAGUACAGUUCUGUUACCUCCACACCUCAGAUCAUUCAAGCGAAAAUCAGUGCACAACAGCUUAGUGAUUUGAACUACCGAGCACAGUAUGAGAAAACCAAAACACAUUAUACUUUGCCUCAGGAUGUGCCACAGUUAGUCAAGGCUAAAGCUAAUGCAGAAUUAUAUAGUGAGAUUAAAUACAAGGAAGGCUGGGAGAAAAGCAAGGGCCAAGGCUUUGAAAUGAAGUUAGAUUCCAUGUCGUUGCUUGCUGCCAAAGCAUCAAGAGAUCUUGCCAGUGAUAUUAAAUACAAAGAGAAAUAUGAACAAACAAAAGGCAAAGCUAUGGCAACCAAAGAUUCAAGACUUCUGCACUCUUUGCAAGUAGCAAAGAUGAGCAGUGAGAUUGCAUAUAAAAAGGACUUUGAGAAGAGUAAAUCACAUUUCCACCUACCAAUGGACAUGAUAAACCUGAAACAUGCAAAGAAAGCUCAGGCUCUGGCUAGUGAUCUUGACUAUAGGAAGAAACUCCACGGAUAUACAGUGGUUCCAGAAGAUCUAAAGACACAGUGGGCCAAAAAGGCCUAUGGGCUACAGAGUGAGCUUCAGUACAAGACUGACUUGACAUGGAUGAAAGGAGUUGGGUGGAUAGCGGAUGGGAGUCUCAAUAUAGAGCAAGCGAAGAAAGCAGGAGAACUUGUUAGUGAGAAAAAGUACAGACAGAAGGCUGAUGCUCUCAAGUUCACAAGUGUGGCAGACAGUUCCCAGAUCAAACAUGCGAAGAAAAGCCAGGAACUGCAGAGUGAUAUUGCAUACAGAUCAGGAAAAGAAGAUUUUCUUCAUAACUAUACCAUCAGCAAAGAUGAGCCUCUCUUCAUACAGGCCAGAAUAAAUGCAGCAAAUAUCAGUGAGAAACUCUACAAGAGUAGUUGGGAAAAUCAGAAGGAGAAAGGAUUUGAACUUCAUCUAGAUGCAAUUCCAUUCUUGACAGCGAAAGCAAAGAGGGACUUGGCAAGUGAUAUAAAAUACAAAGAAAAUUAUGAAAAGACUAGAGGAAAGCUGAUUGGGGUGAAAGAUGCGAGUGAAGAUUCACAGAUGUCUCACUUGCUCCAUGUGUCAAAGAUGCAAAGUGAUCUGGAGUAUAAAAAGGCAUUUGAAGAUACAAAGACUCAAUAUCAUGUGUCUAUGGAUAUGGUCACUCUUGUCCAUGCCAAGAAGGCUCAAGAUUUAGCCACUGAGAAGGGAUACAAGACAAUCCCACACCGUUACACUGCCUUGCCUACAGACAUGAAAGUGGAAUGGGCCAAGUGGGCCUACGGCUUGCAGAGCGAUAACCGAUACAGAGCAGAUUUGAACUGGAUGAAAGGAGUCGGAUGGAUCGCCACUGGGUCAUUAAAUGUGAAGCAGGCUAAGAAGGCAGGAGAACUCAUUAGUGAGAAGAAGUACCGUCAGCAUCCAUAUGCUUUGAAGUUUACCAGUAUUAAAGACACUCCUGAGAUGAUCCAGGCUAGAAUUAGUUAUAACCAGGCUGUGGAUAGGCUGUAUAAGGAGCAUGGAGAGAAUAUAAAGCACCAUUAUACCCAAACAGCAGAACUACCGGAAAUACUUCAAGCUAAACAAAAUGCUCUUAAUAUCAGUGAGACUCGCUACAAGGAAUCCUGGAGCAAGAUACGAGAUGGAAGUUAUAAGCUUAAACUGGAUGCCAUUCCUUUCCAGACAGCAAAAGCAUCCAAUGAAAUAAUAAGUGAUUACAAGUACAAGGAGGCAUUUGAGAAAAUGAAAGGACAGAUGAUUGGCUCUUGUGGCUUGGAAGAUAUUAACAUUUCUCACUCAGUGCAUGCAGCUUUACUACAGAGUGAUGUAACUUAUAAGAAAGGUUUUGAGCAUCAGAAGAGCCAGUUCCACCUGCCAUUAGACAUGGUCAAUUUAGUACAUGCCAGAAAAGCCCAGUCUCUGGUCAGUGAUCAGGAAUACAGACAACUGCUUCAUGAUUAUACUUCCCUGUCUGAAGAUGUGAGGCUGCAGUGUGCCAAGAAAGCUUAUAAAUUACAGAGUGAGAAUUUAUAUAGGUCUGACUUAAACUUUAUGAGAGGAGUUGGCUGUAUUACACCGGGGGCCUUAGAGAUUGAAGCAAAGAAGAAAGCUUCUGAACUCAUCAGCGAGAGUAAAUACCGUCAGCAGCCGAAUUCCUUCAAGUACACAUCGGUGGCAGACUCUCCUGGCCUCCUUCAUGCAAAAUUCAGCAAUAUGAUUGCUAAUGAGCGCCUUUACAAAGCAGCAGGGGAGGAUGCUUUGCAUCACUGCACAGUCACUUUAGGUCUACCUGAAUUUGCAAGGGCAAGAAUAAAUGCAACCAAUCUCAGUGAGGCAAAAUACAGGGAAUCUUGGCAUAAUCUCCGUGCUCAAGGCUACAAGCUGACAAUGGAAGCCAUCCCUUUCCAGACUGCCAAGGCCUCAAGAGAAAUUGCCAGCGAUCUCCAAUACAAGCAUCACUUUGUUGAGGAGAGAGGGAAGCACAUUGGUGCCAGAAGCAUUCUAGAUGAUACCAAGCUGUUGCACUGCUUGUAUGCUGCUAAGUUACAGAGUGAACAGGAGUACAAGAAAGGAUUCAGGGACAUCAGUUCUCACUACAAUCUACCACUGGACAUGGUCAACCUAGUCCAUGCCAGAAAAGCUCAGAACCUUGCAAGUGACCAGGAUUACAGGAAGAGGCUGCACGAGUACACAGUGCUCCCUGAGGACCUGAAAAUGAAGUGGGCAAAAAGAGUUCAUCUCCUGCAGAGUGAGUUCCGCUACAAAUCAGACCUGAACUUCAUGAAGGGGGUUGGCUGGGUGGCUCUGAGAUCCCCUCAGAUAGAAAAUGUAAAGAAGGCUGGAGAACUCAUCAGUGAGACAAAGUAUCGUCAAAAACCAAAUAGUCUGAAGUUCACCACAGUGACUGACUCUCUGGACUUUAUCCAUGCUAAGAAGAGCUACCUUCAGUGCAAUGACCGGCUGUAUCGAGCUGGACACUUGGAAUCCAUGCAAAGAUAUACCCUGCCCCCUGACCAUCCUGACUUCAUAAGGGCACGCCUCAAUGCACUCCAUAUCAGUGACAAACUAUAUAAAACAUCUUGGGAGCAGACACGAUCAACUGGCUAUGAUUUUAGAUUGGAUGCCAUCCCUUUCCAGACUGCCAAAGCUUCCAGAGAAAUUGCCAGUGAUUUCAGGUACAAAGAAGCCUUCCUAAGGGAUAGGGGACAACAGAUUGGAUUUUGUAAUGUGAAUGAUGACCCCAAAAUGAAACACUUUCUCAAGAUGGGCUACAUCCAGAGUAACAACCAAUACAAGAGGGAUUUUGCUAGAAACAGAGCACACUUCAAGAGUCAAAUUGAUCAGCCAGGAUUUAUCCACGCAAAGAGAAGCCAACAGUUAAUAAGUGAUGUCAACUACCGGCAGCACCUGCAUCAGUAUACCUGUGAUCCAGAGCAGCUGAAUCUGAAGCAUGCCAAACAGGCCUACAAACUCCAGAGUGAUGUCAAAUACAAAUCCGAUUUGAACUGGAUCAAAGGUAUUGGCUGGACCCCUCCAGGUUCUUACAAAGUGGAAAUGGCCAGAAGGGCUGCUGAACUGGCAUAUGCUCAGGAACUGGAACCUCAAGGAACUUUGACUCAGUAUGAUCCGGAAAUGGAACAGACAGCAGGAGAAGGAUCCCAAGAAGUCAGAGUCAACCCUGAUGCAGCAGAGAUUCUGCAAGUCAAGCGGAGGAAAAUGCAGCUAAUUAAGAAAUAAACUGAAACAUGGACAAAGGAAAAUGCUUAUGUUUUUCAGCAUACGUUUUUUCACAUGAAGCUUUCCUGACCCCUUGAGAAGCAUAGAGGAUGGCACCAAAUGUUGUUUUGUUUGUUAAAGGGGUGGGGAGCACCCUAACAUAGACAAUUUGAUAUUGAUCUUUAUAUUUUUGCAUGUUCUGGAAGUGAUUUUUAAUUUUUAUAGAACUUAGUAUUUAUUUAUGACACCAAAUGAAAUAAGUACUAGAUGACUGGCAGGCUCAGCUUUGUACUAAAAAUGAAUGAACCAUGAUUUGCGAAAAGUACAAUAAUUUGUAUUGAAAAUAAAUCAGCAGAAUCA